AUGGUGGAAAGCACAGAAGACAGAGAGCUCGCGCUAGUUUCUAAGCUGGAGCUGCGUAUUGCUCUCGCAGACUCGGAUGCAAGGCUCCAAUCUCUUCUUCAUACAUAUCUGACUCCGCUUCUAUUGAAACUUGCCUCCGAAAAUGCCUCUGUUCGCAACAAGGUUGUGGCUCUUUGCCAGCAUAUCAACACCAGAGUCCAGUCUCAAUCCAUAGCUUUUCCAGCUGAGGCACUAUUGAAGCAAUUUAAGGAAACAAAUAACUCCCUGGUCAGACACUUUGAUUUGAUCUACAUCCGGCAUGGCCUUGAUCGAAUGGGUCCAGCCAGCAGUCUAGAUCUCCUGCCUUCUCUGCUCCAUAACAUAGCUCAGUUCAAUGGCUCUGAGACUCAAAUGUCCAUUCUUUUCAACUUGAUACUGAAACUUCUUCCUCUUGUCAAACUCCCUGCUAGGGGAAGUGAAGAAGACUUGAAUAUUGGGGAAAAACUGAAGCUACUUCCAGAAGAUAGCACGUUUCUAUCACGCUGGUUUGGAAAGUUGCUUCUCCUUACACCCGCCGCAGGGGCUGCCAGGCCUUGCCCAGGUUUAUCCAUGGCAGAGAAUAAAUUUCUAAACCGAGAAUCAACAAACGGAGAAACCUGGGACCCAACAGUUCCUGGUGGACUAAGCCUUAUAGACACGAAGGCUGCCACCCUAAAAUUUAUGAACAGCGGCGCGUUCAAAGAUUCCGACCGGUUUAUGCCAGCGUUGAUUGCAACGGCCGACCCCAACGCAAGAAUUUCCGACGUUGGAGAUGACACCCUUAAACGAUUUCGUCCCGAUUUGGAAUCUAGCGAGGUCGUUGAUCAGUUAUUUUCUCUUUACCUAGGUUCGAGGGAGACUGACGGUGCAACACCAGCUCGCCCUGCCUUAAAGAUGAAAAUUCUCCAUUUUUUGAGUAAAUCGGUGCGCGCAACCUCCAAAACCCAACAGAUAAUCCAAGUCCUAGAUGAUGGUCUGAUAUCCAGCGAUCUGGGUGGGGCUAGAGGCCUGGAGGUAUUGAAAUUACGACAGCAAAUUUUCUCUUUGGUCACUUGGCUGACGAGGAUGGGAUCACCGUCUGAUUUGAACUUGGUUGCACCUAACAUCAUCAGAGCACUGCGAGAAAUGGUCGAGGGCCAAGGCUGGCCGGUUCCCGAGCAAGCCUUAAAACCAGCCGAGCUUAACUCUAGGAGCCUCGCUUACGAGUCUAUUGGACUUCUGGCUCCAAAAAUCGACCCAUCCCUAGCAGGGGAGAAUAAAAGCCCGAUUGAUAUCGACCUUUUAGAAUGGAUGUUUACAGCUCUCGGCUCGGACGUUUCUGGCCCGCAAAUGUUUGUCAGUAUUGAGGAGGCCCUAGGUGGGAUUCUCAACUCCAUCACCAAACAUUUAGAUGACAGCGCAAUAGACGAGAUCCGACCUAUUCUAGCUAGAUUUGCAACUGUUGAGCCUGGGGUACAAGAUAAACAAUCUGGGUUCACUAUCGUUAGAAAUACUCGUUUUGCUGCCGUUAGAUUUUCUAACCGCUGCAUGCCUUACAGCGACGUUCGAGGUAGAUGCAUCGAUCUCCUUGCCAUUGCAGGCGGCCAAGAUGGUGGACUGGAAAUGGCUGAGGAGGGAAGAAAAGGACUUGACCCUUAUUGGUAUCGAAUGUUAAAUCCUUGUGAUAAUAUUGCCAUCCCGACUGCCGAGAACAAGCGCUACGUGUUCCCGCGCUUCAAGGAGCUCACGCAGUAUCUAUUUGAUGAACAUAUGGAUAACGAAGACCCCCUUCGACAAAAACUUCUCUCUCUUCUCGCUUCUGACAAAUAUACCACCGUUUAUGCAACUGCCGUUACAUUUAUCCGCAACAUACUGCUCUGCGAAGCAUUAGUGAAUACUGAUGCUAUCCAAGAUAUAGAGCAUAAUUGGGAGCAGCGAAUCGACAAUAUUCUUUUGAAUAGCGAAAAUGCUCGAGAGUCGGUGAGGGCCUACCUUACCGGAUGUGAUGAUGUUCUUCCCUUACUUUUGAACGCUUGCUUAAAAGGGUUGCUCCUCAAUUCGGGUCUAUCAAUCGGCCGGUCGGCAACUCACUUUAUUGAAAUCGCCUCUCUCACAUCCAACAAGCUCCUUAAGCCGCUCAUAAAAUGUUCCCAGCCCCUACUGAACACGUUGCUGGCAAGAUCCCCACCUGAACAGGACACAGCCGCCCAAGCUUUCGGCAUUGUAAUAACCCACCCUUGCUCGUCUGAGGAUGAAAGGAACCAGGCAUGGGGAAUUAUGAAGUCUCGUGUAUCUAGUUGGCGAGAGGCUGUCGGCAAAGCGGCAUAUAUAUCGCGCGGUGCUCUGCUUGGCCAAGCCUUCAUGCUCUCUCGGCUAUAUAUUCGGAACGAACAGAUUCAGGGGCAGAGUCUAAAGGCUCAGGAGUGCUUAACUACUGCAGUUGAGAUUUUGAAAGACUCUCGAGACUCAGCUCUUAGGAAUGCCGCGUACGAGGUUAUCGGACAACUCAGCCUCGCGUCAGCUAUUACCGUGGAGAAUAUACAAGAUGGCGACAACUGGAAAUCUAUUAUCGAAGCCAUCUCAGCGGAUGCUAAAAAGCACAGUGAGCCAGCGAUAACCGCGCUUGGGCGUUUAUCACUGGUAAUCCCCAAAGAAGAAAGCGGAUCCGCCCGUCUGGAACAAUUGCUGGACGUACUAUAUGCGCUCCAUGAAAUCAAGGUGAUUGAAGUUCAGUUUGCAGUAGGAGAAGCCUUAAGCAUUAUCGCAGCUGGGUGGCAAUCUGCAUCAUUGAUUGCAUCCUUGGAUGUAGACGUUGCAAAGCCUAACUCUAACAUUCCCUCCCAUGUUCUCUCUAAGAUACUGGACAAGGUCAUGCGCGAUUGCAAAGCACCUAAGCCAUCUCUAAAGAAAGCGUCAGUAAUAUGGCUUCUUUGCCUUAUACAGUAUUGCGGUCAGACCCAGGAGAUUCAAGAUCGGCUCUGGAAGUGCCAGCAAAUAUUCAUUUGGCUACUUUCCGACAAAGACGAAACCGUCCAAGAAUCUUCCUCGAGGGGUUUAUCUCUAGUAUACGAGUUAGGUAACCAAAGCCUUAAGGACGACCUGGUUCGUGAUCUCGUGCGGUCGUUUACGGCAGAUAACUCGAAUAUGGGAGGGGGAAAGAUCUCAGAUGAAACAGAGCUAUUUGAGCCUGGAGCCUUACCUACUGGCGAUGGCUCAAUUACGACAUACAAAGAUAUUGUCGGCCUUGCGUCUGAAGUUGGAGACCCAAGUCUGGUCUAUCGAUUCAUGUCAUUGGCCUCCAAUAGUGCGAUAUGGUCCAGUCGUGCUGCUUUCGGCCGGUUUGGUCUAAGCAAUGUCCUCUCGGAUUCUAGUGAGAACGGAUAUCUUUCUCAAAAUCCAAAAUUAUAUCCCAAAUUGUAUCGAUAUAGAUUCGAUCCCAACCCCAAUGUACAAAGGUCCAUGAAUGAUAUAUGGAAUGCUCUUGUUAAGGAUUCAAAUGCAGUGAUUGAUUCGCACUUUGACGCAAUUAUGGAGGAUCUUCUUCUCAGCGUUGUGGACGGGAAGCAAUGGCGAGUCAGACAAGCUGCCUGCGCUGGCAUCGCCUCCUUGCUUCAAGGUCGUCCAGUUGAGAAAUAUGACAAAUACCUCGGCGAAAUACUCACAAAGUCGUUUAAAGUCUUGGAUGAUAUAAAAUCAACAGUACGGCAAGCCGCGUUAUCACUAUGUCAAACCCUUAGUGACACAGUCUUACGUGCUCUUGAGGCCGGCGAUGCCUCGUCAAAGCGGGCAAAACUUAUGCUGAAGCAUAUUGUCCCCUUUCUUCUUGGCCGUGAGGGCCUAGAGUCGGGCGUUGAAGAAAUCCAAAAAUACUCCAUCGUCACAAUAGCGAAAAUCAUAAAGAAUGCGGCAGGCCCUCUGCUUAGACCGUUUGCACCACAAAUUUUGGAAAAAUUUCUCACAGCGCUUACAUCAAUCGAGCCCCAGGCCGUUAAUUAUGUUCAUCUCAACGCCGAUAAAUAUGGAUUAACCGGUCAUGCAAUCGACAAGAUGCGGCUGACUGCGGUUAGAAGCUCUCCGAUGAUGGAAUCCAUCGAGCUACACCUGCUGAACUCACUUGAUGAGGCGAGCAUGACAGAAGUAGUACCUGCGUUGGAAUCUUCACUACGUUCCGCAAUUGGCCUGCCAUCCAAAGUAGGCUGCAGUCGGGUUCUAGUUAUCCUAAGCUCUAAGAAUCUAUUGUUCCGUCCGUACGCAGCUCGAUUCAUCCGAUUAUUGCGAAAACUUGUCCUGGAUCGGAAUGAAACAGUCAGUGCAUCAUAUAGUUCUGCCAUCGGGUAUCUUACACGUCUAGCGAGCAAUGAUGAUGUGUUGGAUACAAUCGAAUUCGCCAAAUCACUGUAUUUGGAGUCAGAAGAUAUAGCUCAUCGCGUUGUGGCCGGGGAAAUCACAAACUCGAUGUCGAAACUUGCAAAUGAAAGGGUGCAAGCUGUUGCUUCGGCUUUCUUGCCCUUUAUAUUCCUUGGGAUGCAUGACACCACCGACGAGGUGAAGGAAUUUUUCAGUAAAACGUGGAGUGAUAAUGUGAGCGGAAAGCGCAUUAUUUCGCUAUACCUGAAAGAAAUCCUUGAACUUGUUUCCUGCUACUUGGAUUCACCGCGAUGGCCGAUUAAGCACGCAUCUGCGCUUAGCGUGGCCAAAACCGUUCUUUCGAUAGAUAAGAAUAUGGAUCUCCCCACAGCUAGAUCUAUCUGGCCACAUCUUGAAAAGGCUCUGGAAGGGAAGACAUGGGACGGAAAGGAGAAGGUCUUAGAUGCAUUUGUUGAAUUUUCCAUUCAUUCCAAGCCAUUCUUGGAGGAGAGGAAGGACGUUAAGGCACGAAUGAAGGUCAUUGUAAUCCGAGAAGCAAAAAGAAAGAAUGUCGACUACAGACCUCACGGAUUGACGGGUCUAGGGCGUUUUGCCAGAAACCAAGAGGAUCUGGAUAUGAUGAACGAAACUUUAGCAGUGGUGUCUCCGAUUCUGGAAGAAAUGGUGGACGAGCUAAAAAGCGAUAGAAUGGAUAUCGACUCGAAAGAUAGCCGCGUUCCAAACAUUGAAGACAAGACCAUCAUUGCAGGGGUGGAAUGUCUAUACAAUGCUGCAAAUCCUACUCUCCCACCAGCGGAUUUGUGCGAUUACCUCACUCAAAUGUCAGUUGUAAUCAAACCGGUGAUUACAUAUGCUGGAAGGUCCGUAUACCCGACGAUAUUCGACGGUGUGAAGGGUCUUUUCGAUCGGAUCGAUGAAAAGCUCCUGGGCGGAGGGCGAGAAGGCGAAAAAUCAGUGCCGCUACUACUAGAAAAAGGCCUUGUCUCAAAGCUAGUCAAAGAGCACGAAUUUCUAUUCCAGGAGUUCGACUUACCGAUCGAGAGUGUAAGGAACAAAUUUGCGAAUGCAGUUCUCUCGUACACGAAAUUCUUCGAGAAGUGUUCUAUGCCGCUUGAUAGCUCCCAGCGAAGUCGGAUUGAACAGUGGCGAGAUGCCGAACGGUCUGAACCUGUUAAAGCAGUCUGGCAUGAGAUUUUGGAGAGAUCUCCAUGA